AGUCGCAGAGGUGUCCAGCUCCAUCAGGUACAUUGUUCACAGCUAAACUCAUCCAACAUCAGAUGGCAGCAAAACCCGAGACAGACUGGAGCAGUGGUCUCUGUGACUGCUUUGAGGACGCGAGCACUUGUUGCUAUGGUUUCUGGUGCUGCCCUUGUCUUGCCUGCACAGUUUCAGGACGUUUUGGAGAGAACCGUUGUCUCCCAUUAUGUGACAUGCUCAGCCCCGCUAUAACAGCGUCCUGCGGGAUACCCCUCUUUGUGCCUCCUGCAGCCCUGUCUUUGAGGGCUGCCAUUCGUCACAGAUAUCAUAUCAAGGGUUCCCUCUGUAAUGACAUCGCAGUGUCCUGUUUCUGUCUGUGGUGCUCCUGGUGUCAGAUGCAUCGUGAGUUAAAACAUCAAACAAAAGAACCCAAUGUCAUCGUCGUGCAAAAUCAACCUGUUGUACAAAUGCAGCCUGCAGUGAUGAUGGUUCCCCAAGCUGUAUAUGUGACCCAACCAGGAGUCACCGUGAUGUCACGCUGAGCUCUGUGGAUUCUCAUUGGGUCUUCUGAAGGAAAUUCAACUCAUGCUGCUGUUUUUGCAUGUUUAUCAUUGAAAAAACAAAGUGCAAUCACUUGAAAUUAACAAAAUGUAAUCACUUUAAAUCCAUCUAUUUUUUAUCAGAGUAUGCUGAUUGAGUUUCCGUUUCUAAUUUAUAAUGACAGUUAUUGUUUACAUUUUCUUGGGAAGAUCAGAUCUUUAAUCUUAGGAACUGAGUGUGGUCUGUAACUAA